UUGCUAAUUACCCACCUGGAGUCGAGUGAUAAGGCGCGAGUUUGUUGGACGACUCCGAAGAUAACAGAUCUACAACAGCAGGCGACGACGAUGGCGGCCCCACAAGAGGAGACCCUGCUCUCACGCUGCGAAAUACCCAUUAUCGAUUUGGCUCAUAUAGGUACUGAUGUGUGUCCCAUGAAAUCAGUGGUUCGACGUAUUGGACAACAGCUGUUCACUGCUCUCAGCAGUAAAGGUCUUGCCAUGCUUGUCAACCACGGCGUCGCUGAAGAUAAGUUAAAAGCGGUGUACGCAGAUCUAGAUAACUUUUGUGCUCUACCCGAGGGUUGCCAGGCGCAGUAUCUUCGCAACCCGAUCAGCAACCACGGCUAUGUUAAACCUGGUAUGGAACAGUUCGACGAGACCAAGAAGGAGUUACGUCACUCGUUUAAUAUAACGACUCUGUCGGCGGCGGCGAUGCCCGCUCAAGAAGAGGUGCCAGAGUUUACGCAACACGCCGUGCCCCUCGCUCACGAUCUCACAAACCUAUCCCGAGUGCUCUUACAGGCUCUCGGUUACGCUUUUGGUCUUCCCCCCUCCACUCUACUCUCCUGCCACUCUCACAUGCUUCAGAGCGAUGGCUGCAAUGCCUCCACAAUGCGUAUCCUGUACUACCCGCCCGUACCCCCCGAGGAUGAAGGUCCGUGCUACGAACACGUCACGUACACGAGAUGCGGAGCACACUCCGACAGGUGCACCUUCACGCUCGUCGCUCAGGACUCUGAAGGGGGGCUUGAGGUGAAGUUGAAUGGCAGUGAUAAGUGGCAAUCUGUUGGUCAUCUGCCAGGAGCGAUUCUCGUACAAACUGGAGAACUUCUUGCUUCUUGGACUACUAACCUGCUACCGGCCCUGAUGCACCGCGUCGUCGUACCGUCCGGUACAUACGCUCGCGCCCGCGGCCGUCACUGCGUCGCCUUCUUCUGUCACCCGGACAAUGAAGCGAUCAUUCCCCCCCUCGCCCUCCGCCCCGCGCCCGUGCCCGCUCCCCCCGCCUUCACCCCGCACACGCACCUCACGCUACACCACCGGCUGCUGAACGCGGCCCACCACAUACAGAAAAGAUUCAGAGAGACGUACGCGUGA